UGUUGUGUUAGCUUCUGCUUGGCUGCCUAGUCUGUUAGCCCCUAAUAACAUAAUAAUCGGGAUUUGUAUUUCGACUUGUGGUUAUUAAAUAAAACUUACUAUUACACACGUAACUCGCGCCAUGCCGGUGCUGUGCUACUUUACACCGGCAGAGUAGUCAGCUAAAUAAGCAAACUGGCAAAGUGCAGAAUGAAAGCCUUUAUUCUCAUGAGACAGAGAAGCACUCAUGGAUCAUGUCUCUGAUCCUGUUCGCCUUCGUGGUGCGACUGAGGGAUGGACUCCCUCUUUCCGCCUCCACCGACUUUGAGCACAACCGAGAGCUGCAGGAGAGGAAGCAGCAGCUCAGGACCAUCAGCAAGACACUGGCCCUCUUCCCAGACAGAGCCGCGGUCAAGGGCCAAGAGCUCAACAUAUACUUGGUGUCUUCAGAGGGCGUAACCUACAUGAGCGUGUGCCACUGCAGUAUUCCCAUUGCGAUGGCCUUCUGCUUCCUGGAAGACCUGCGCUGGGAAUUCACAACCUGCUACAAUCACAGCGUUGUGUCACUGGCAGACAGACCAUAUCCAUUUUUGGAAUUUGACUGCACCAUUCAGAAGCUGAAGCAGCAGUACAACCACCGGGGUGGCCCGGCUCUGCAGGUCACCUUGACGGAGGUCCAGGAGGACCUGAGGCUCCGCCCACCACAGAUUCUCACCGUGGAGGAGGUUGAGCUCACCAACGGCUCUGCAAACGGCCACGUGCCGCAAUCGGCCGCCUCUGGCCAGAUUGUAAAACUGGAACCAGUGACGGGGCCUGGCAUCCUUUCGCUGGUCCUCAACAUUAUGUGUGCAUCCUUAAAUGUCACCCGCGGCGUACACCUCAUAGAAUACACAUUCCAGGAUGACUACAACAGCGUGUGGAACAUCGUGGCUUUCCUUGUGGCAUUCAUUUGCUGCCUGCUUCAGUGCCACCUGUACGUCUUCCACUCCCCCCGAAAAGCAGCCAAGUCCCUGGGCCUGCUGAGCGCCGUCAUCCUAUGCAACGUCUUCCUCCACGGGCUGAGGAACGCCUGGCAAAUAGCCUUCCACAUUGGUGUGGCCUCGCUGUCAACUGCGCUCAUCCUCCGACGUAAAGUCCAAGACAGGAGCAACGACUGCGGAGUCUGACGUGUCAAUACAUUUUGUUUCUAUUGCACUUUUUCUACAUUUUAUACAGGGAAUUUCUGUCUCGCGCUACACUUUGAAAGCCAAAAGGUUCAACUUGAGACUUAAGUGAGUAAGUUUUGACCCAAACAUACUAAUAUACAUAAUAUAUUGCCAUGACAUCAACAGCUACUGUACGUAAACAACAUAGAGAACAUUAAUUUAAUACAGUAAUCAUGAUUGAAAAAUCCAUUUGCCUAGAAAAAAUAUGAGCCCCUGGACACCAAUUCACCAAUCAACACAAAAUUCGGUGGACAUGUCUAUCCUGACAGUAGGCAUGAAAAAAAUAUCAUGGAGCCAUGCCAGAAAUUGAAAAGUAAGAUUUGAUGAAUUUACACAAAAUAGCUGUUUCAAACCAAAAUGGCAAAGUUGCUGUUUAUUUCCAGGCAUUGUUUCUUGAGACUUGUUCGUGGGUCCUGUAAUGAAAAACAUGUUCACCCAAUUUCGUAUCGAUAGGUGAAACUGGUGAGGGGCUAUUUUUUUUCAACUUUCAAGGUGAGUUUUUGGGGUACGUGUUGGGGACCCCUAAGAUACCAAACUUUGGGCACCCAAAAGGUGAUUUAUUAGUCUGAGGAUUGCUAAUAUAAGGAUUAUAAAAGCACUGAUUUGAAGGGUUGAAUCAUAUUUCUUAACGUAUUGUUUUUAAGACAAUUGCUGCUUAUCAGGGGCUCAGCUUCCAAUUAUUUAUAUGUAUGUUUGCUUUGCUUUUUUAUUCUAUCUCUAUAUUCGGAGUUUCUAAAUAUACAUUACCGGUAUAUAAUUUUAUUGGGAAAUUUGUUUAAAAAUUUUAAAUGAAGGCACAUUUAGGGUAAAGGAGUGAUUGUUGAAUUGGAGAUGUAUUAUAUCUAGUCUGUCCUUUUCACAGAGCACUGGCAGCUAUUUUUGAUGAAACCAGUAUUUUUUCAGACAAGGAAGACUUUAUUGUAACGAUAAAAUGCAUCACCCUUCCACAUUGUUGACACAAGAAACUGAUGCCCUCAAUGUUCUAACCCACGUAACAGAUUUGUAACAUUUUUGCAAUAAACUUAGCUGUCUUGAA